AUGAAUGAUCAGAAACCUUAUUUAAUCUUGGAGCAUCCACAUGCACAAAAUCCUGUCUUAAUUUUCAAACAAAAAACAUUGUCUAAUAAAGAAAUAAUAUAUAUUUCUCAUAUUAAGAUUAAGAAUCCAGUUGAAAAUAAUUAGUAAUUAUGUAAUAUACACUUCUUUAGAAGUUUGGCAUUUAAAGUUAUGUCUACAGCUGCAGAACAGAUUAAAUCUUAUCCCUUUGUAGGAAUAUUAAAGAUAGGAGAAAGUAAAACAAUCAAACUGAUAACCAAGGAAACUAGUUUUGAUAGUACCUACUUUUUGUAAUUUUAGAGGCUGUUAAAGUUAGAAUAGUCUCAAUGAAUAUUGAUAAGCCUUAGGAAAUAAAGGAUUAAUAUGAAAUAAUGGAUUAAUUUAAAUUGCUCAAAGAUUAGAUAAAGGAUCUUCCAUCUAUCAUUCUCCAAGUAUAAGAAAUUAUUUAAUCUGAAUCGGUCUCAUAUGUAAUAUCUUAAAAGUACUAAUAGUGAUUUACAGAUUACUUAACCAAGUGAUAGAAGAAUCCCUAUGUUUACUUCACAUGUUUCAUAAAUUUAAAAUGGAGAAAGCACUCCUGCUUCUGCAAUUUUAAAAUCAGUGAUUAGUUAAAGAAAAUAAAAAGAUUCUUUGCAAAUAUCUUAAAACUUUUAAAUGGAAUAAACUAUAAUGAAUUUGUAGGAUCAAUAAUAAGCUCUUAUUAAUGAGACAAGAGAAUUAAAUAAAUAGAUUGUUCUUUUUAAAGCAAAAUAAAAUAUACCAUUUGAAGAUGAAAAAGAUGAUUAAGUCAAAUUUACUAUGUUUUAAUUAAUUGUAAUUGCGUUCAUUAGUCUAUUGAUAGGAUUUUAUAUGCCUGAAUUUUGA